AUUUCCCGAAACGAUCUCACCAUGGCUUCUAAUCUACUCAAACUCUCAGUUCUUAUUGGACUCCUAUCCAUGAGUUUCGGAAUCGUUCCUCCUUCGUGUAGCCGUAUCGAGUGUCCAAGCUUUGAUGUAAUUCAUGUCGGUAAUGGUUUUGAAAUCCGCCGUUAUAAUUCGACGAUGUGGACAUCAACUUCUCCGAUUCAAGAUAUUUCCUUCGUUGAAGCGACGAGAUCAGGCUUUCUACAGCUAUUUGAUUACAUUCAAGGGAAGAACACUUACAAAGAGAAGAUAGAGAUGACUGCUCCUGUGAUCACCCAAGUCUCCCCCAGUGAUGGACCCUUCUGUGCAUCAUCAUUCACGGUUAGCUUUUAUCUCCCUAUAGAGAAUCAAGCUGACCCACCUCCAGCACAAGGACUUCAUGUACAAAAAUGGGGUUCUGUGUAUGCAGCAGUAAGACAAUUCAGUGGAUUUGUGUCUGAUGAUGAACUUGGAGAAGAAGCAGCAGCCUUGCAUGAGAGUCUGGCUGGUUCUAACUGGUCAGCUGCCGUCGAUAAAGGCCGGGCUGCUGAUCCGACAUCGGUUUACACUGUUGCACAGUAUAACUCACCAUUUGAAUAUGAGAAGAGGGUGAAUGAGAUAUGGAUGAUGUUUGAUAUAAAUGAUGCUUGAUUUAAAAGAUAGAUUUUGAC